CUAGUUACAUAAAAUAAUGUUGAUUAACGUGAUUGGAAAUCUAAACGCUAAUAAUAGUGACAUUAAAACACGUCAGUGUAUCGAGGCAAAAUAAAAACGAUUUUACAAUUUCCUUUUCAACAACAACGCGGAUCGACACAACGAUAGAAAUGAAGUAUAAUUUAGGCGUAUUUUCAUUCCUAAUAACGUACAAAUUUGUCAAAUGUGAACUUGACCCUUUCAUCACUGGAGGAUCAUUCGCACUAUAUGAUCAGUAUCCACAUUCGAUAUUACUAAUUGUAAACUGUUAUGACAGCUAUGUUUGUGGGGGGUCCGUCCUCAACCAGAAAUUGGUUCUUACUGCUGCCCAUUGCGUGGAGGAUUGUUCAGUUAAGGAUGACGUGUUAGUACUUUACGGACAUAAUAACAUUAGUAGAAUGAAAAACACCCCCAUGGAUCGGUUUGUGUUACAUGAAGAGUACGAUGAGAGAAGCUUGCAUAAUGACAUAGCAAUAAUAUUGACAAAGGGUCUGAUUCCAUUGAAUAAAAUUAUAAAGAGAGUGGUUCUAAUGAAAUCACCACCUGAUGUAAAAACAGCGUAUGUAUCUGGAUGGGGAACAGAUGAAAAUCUGAAUCUGCCGCCAGCGUUGAAGCAUACUUCAGCUUAUAUUCAGAAAUAUGAAGUGUGUGAACUGAUGGGCCAUAUUCCACCUGGGGUGUUCUGCGCUGGACCAAUGACUGGUCUGGGAGCAGCUAACAUGGGGGAUUCCGGCAGUGCCCUAAUAAUCAAAGAGUAUAUACAAAUCGGCAUUGUAUCAUACAAAACAAUGGAACUAGCUCUAGUGGCUUACACGAAUGUGUCUUACUUUUUGGACUGGAUAUAUGAGAACACGUGGGAACUGACUUGUCCGAAAAAAAAUAAAUUGACGGUAAUCAAACUCAAACUCAUUUCGAAAGCUAUUUAUUUAACAGCCACGUGUAACAAAUGUGAGUCGACGAUGAGGUUUGGUUUAGGCAUAUUUUCAAUUUUUGCUGCUUAUAAAUUCAUCAAAUGUUUGGAUCCAUUUAUUACCGGUGGAUCCUAUGUAGAAUAUAGCAAAUAUCCACAUUCAGCGUUUAUAUUGAAUUUUUGUGCAGAUAGAUUCUCUUGUGGAGGAUCAAUUAUAAACCAGCAAAUAAUACUCACAGCGGCCCAUUGUUUAGAAGAUUGUAUCGGAACAGAAAAUCCUAAAUUAUUCGUAAAGUAUGGACACAAGAAAAUAAAAAAACAGAGUCAAACAGUGACCAAACAUUUCAAAAUUCAUGAAUAUUAUGAUGAUAUUACACUUACAAAUGACAUAGGAUUAAUAAUGACACGCGACUUGAUACCACUGAAUGAUAUAGUGAAAAGAGUGAUCCUGAUGAGAUACCCUCCUGAUGAGAAACAAGCGUAUGUGGCUGGGUGGGGAGUGGACGAGAACAUGGAGCCGCAGUGGUCUCUGAAGCACACGGCGGCGAUGCUCCACAGUCAUGACGUAUGUUUGCGCAUGGGAUACCUGCCUCGAGGGGUCUUCUGUGCUGGACCUCUCCACGGAGUAGGUGCUGCGGAUCGGGGCGACUCAGGCAGCGCCCUGAUUAUCAACGACUUCAUUCAAAUCGGCAUAGUCUCUUUCAAAGGCCCCGACUUCUCUCUGGUAGCAUACUCGAACGUGUCGUUCUACUUGGAUUGGAUACAGGAGAGGUCCGGAGACAUGUUCUGUUCAAAUAAAACUGAAGAAAAUUUACCUGAGAAGAAGGAUCUAAUAAAAAAAUGAGGAAUUUAAAAAUAAUUAUAGAAUUUGAUAGGAAAUCGUCAAAUUUCGGCUCAAUAGGAACUACUUAGUUUUAUAACAUUAUAUUUCUUUAGCAUAUGUGGUCCCAAAACCAGUAACAGACCAGGACUAGGGAUGGAUAGCGAAGUUGAAGGGAGGUUUGCUCUGGCAAAAGUCUCACUUCUACUUUGUCAUCUAUCCCUGUCUGUUGCGUAGGUCUUCUACAAUUCUUAUCUGUUUCAUCCAGAUCAUCCGACCAUCUAGUUCUGGGGCAGCCUUUUUUCGUCGUCAGCCUAAUCUGUAAACCUUUUCCCGCUCCGGUGAGAUAUUUGGUAAAGAUAGAUUUAAAGAUACAUUUCACAAGGAAACUUGAACCAAACAGCUUUCUAUACCCGAUAGUUUCAGCAGUCUGACAAACAAACUUCUUUUUAAAAUGUCGAUUUAGCAAAAUUUGUGAGGACCAAUACAGAUAAGCUAUCGGUCAGGCAUGGAAGAAUAUGUAUACUCCUCUAAAAUAUCUGAUAACAUUUGUAUCAUCUGAGCUCUAUGUUUCUAACUUUUAGUACUAUUAACUUAUAUGAUCGAAUAGAAACUGUGUGAGGAGUCAAUGAAUUAUUCAAAUAAGCAAUUAAGAAAUAUAAUUUAGUUUACACUU